AUGGCUAUCACGGCUUCCCCAAGCAGCGGUGGGAAAGUCCCCGCAGAUGGGGCGAGUGCUAUGGCUAUCAGACAAAUCAUCGCCAGUGUUGUAAUGCCUACGAUCGCCAUCAUAGCGACUGGACUCCGGUUCUUAGCGCGAAGGAUGAGACGGGCGAAGCCGGGAAUUGAGGAUUGGUUAAUUGUCGGAGGUUCAGUAUGGACGAUUGGAUAUGGAAUAUGUAAUAUACUAUCGGCCACACUAGGUGCAGUUGGAUGGUCAUCUGCAGUGCUAGUUGAGGCUGGCCAGAACGAUCAUGUUAUUGCUCAACUCGAGCUUGCCAUUGCUGGCCAGGUCCUCUACGCAUUGGCGCUUGGGUGCGUCAAAGUCAGUAUCUGUUUGCAAUUGAUUGGGAUCUUUAGGAUCCACCGGUUGUUCCGAUCGUUAGCAUCUGUCGUUCUCAUACUCAGUAUCUGCUGGUCUUUCCAGACGAUUCUAAUCGCAUUCCUGAUCUGCCGGCCUCUCUCACGCAACUGGGUCAAGCAGAGCGAAGGAACCUGCGGCAACAUACACGGAGCCUACAUUGCAAUUGGAAUCGUGGAUAUAUUUACGGAUACAUUGAUCUUCUUGCUACCAAUCCCAAUGAUCCAGACACUCCAGGUGCCAACGCGCACCAAAUUGGCGACCAUGGCCAUCUUCGCCCUGGGCGGGUUGACAAUUGGUGCGGGCAUCACACGAAUUGUGGAGGUGUCGCGUGUCGAGUUCAACCCCUCCGACGUCGAGCCAGGCGUCAAAUUUAUCGUGUGGUCCAUCGUGGAGCCCAGCAUCGGAGUCACAGUUGCUUGUAUGCUGGUUAUGAGGCCGUUGUUUGUGCGGAUCAGUGAAAGUCUCUCAUCGUGGGCCCCGUGGAAGACACAGAACAGCGAUCAAGGGAACAAUUAUGCCGGAUCUGAAAAGGUACUCCAAGGAAAGCAGCGCUUCACGAGCACGAUAAGUCAUCAGUUCGUCAAACUAUAUCCUGAAUUCAAUGGGACCCUCCUGAACAGCAUAACAUCUGCGAACGAAGGGUCUAUCAACAUCUCCCUGAACCGGGAUCAAGAACGAGAUGGAGUAUCCAGUCAUUCUGAUCAUCAAACAGUAGCAUCUUCGUCAUCUGGCAAAGAACAGUUCCCUAUACAUGUGGUUUGA